AUGAGUUUUAAAGUCAAUACCGAAAAACAAGUCAAACAUAUUGAAGAUAUCAAUUCAUCCAUCAAUGACUUGGACUUAGAUAGCGUUACACUAAUUAGAGGCAAAACACCGCAAGAUAUCAAUCAAUGGUGUCUACAGUUAUGUAAGGAUUAUCUGUCGGGUGAAUGGAUUCAACAAACAGUGGACACCAUUACUGUCAGUCGUAUUACGGUCGGUGUUACCAAUCAAAUGUAUUGUUGCGCUAUUAAUGAACCAAAUGGCCAGUCAUUAGUACCGCAAGUGGUUGCCAUCAGAUUGUAUGGCAAAAAGUAUUUUCUCCACAAUAAUGAUAGACUUGUCGAUACGGUUAUUGCAUUAAUGAUGUCAACAAUGAAAAUUGGUCCAAAAAUGUAUGGCAUAUUUGAUCAGGGACAAAUACUACAAUUUUAUAAUCACCGACCGUUUAAAAUCAAUGAACAAAACAAUGCAAAACUUGUCCGACAAGUGUUUGAAAAGUUAGCCCAAAUUCAUGCCAUGGAUGUGCCCAUCAAACGCAACACUAAUUGGCUUUUAGAUGAAUUGGACAUUUCGUUAGCUGCGAUAUACGCGAGCCAAAGAUCUACUGUAGACGACAUCAAACAAUUAUUCAAUAGCUACCGGUGCCCGACUUUGCUUAGUUGCGACUUUCCCAGCGAAACUCAAUGGAUUAAGGAUGUCAUCAAACGCACCAAUAGUCCAGUGGUGUUCACACACAACGACUACCGAUCCGACAAUCUUAUGGUCAUUGAAUCGCCUGAUUCCGUCAACAAUCAGUCUAUAGUCGUCUGUGACUUUGAUUACUCUGCCUAUGGCUACCGGGGCUACGAUUUUGCAUUGAUUUUACGUGAAUGGCAUAGAAAACGAUAUAUCGAUGUCCGCGAUGUCGAUGGUAUUCCUCAAGACGACCAAAUAGUUCGGCCGUUAAUCGAAAUAUAUGUCAACAAAUGCAACGAUAUUCACGGAUCAGAUUAUUCUGCAAAUGAUGUCAAUUCUGUUGAUCACAUCUUAUAUGAGAUCAAAGUGUUUCAAAUGGUUUUAAGUUUUUUCGGUACAAUUCAUACACUGAAACUUGAUUUAGAAAAUCAAGGCUUUUUCGGUGAGACCAACAAAUUGGUAGGUAUUUUCAACAAAUUUUCAUAA